GUCGUCGUGAGAGAGCAAAAACAAAAAUGGCCUCGCAUGGUCUUUGUUUUGUUCGAUUCAAUUAAGUUUUUUACCCCAUCAAACGUUCGCUUUUGUGGUCAAAUUUCGCGUAAAGCCCUUCCGCCGGAUGUGCCCCGCCGGGUACCGGUAGCCGUUGGAGGAAUUUCGCAUCGUCUGUAGGCGAUUGUUGUGAGUGUUUGGAAUCGGGCGCGCGCGUGCAUCUUUCUGUCUGUCUGAGGUGUUGGUGGUGUGUCUUUUUUGUGAUCCAGCAGUUGGAUUUUCGUUUUAUUUUCCUGUUGUUACUUCCCGGGAUGGAUUCCGGGCUUUUGUUGGUUCCGAAGCUGGUCCCGCUGCCGUCGUCGGUGGGAAACAGUGCUUUGGGCGGUAUGCUGCCGAACAUGAAGAUUGUUUCGCAAGGGGUUGUAGAGAUGGCUGGUGGAAGAGGUGAAGGUGGCGGGGAAUGCAGCGGGAGUAAUAAACAAAAACAGAAAAGUGAUGGUGAACUAAUUCUGGUGAUGGAACCGCAGAAUCCUUCCCCGACGAAGUACUUCGAUCAGCAUGGAUUGCCCCUGAAGAAGGAGCUCGUAGAAAGUGAGAUGCACGGGGAGGAGGUUGGAAAGUCGACGAAAAAGCGGUCCAAGCUGACGAUAACCUGUCACAAGUGUUCGAAGCAGUUCGAGACGAAGAUUGAGUACGAGUUUCACUAUCGGAAGAGCUACAACCAGGAGCCGGUUUACUGUUGCACAACGUGCGACAAACAGAUAUCCCAGUAUAAAGCCUAUCGGUUGCACAUCUACCGGCACUCAAACAGUGCAAAUCAGCGGUACACCUGCGGGACUUGCUCCAAAGUGUUCCAUCAGAAAUCGGAUCUUAACCGGCACGAAAGUAUCCACGAGAGUCAGCCAGUAGUGGCUAGGGCGGAAAAGGAUUUGUCGGUUGCUGCUAAGGUCCAAGGGAAGAUUAGCUGUGAUCGUUGCGAUGCCGUCUUCGGCACUCAGGCCGAGGUGCGGUUCCACGCAAAGAAGAUUCACCCGAUUCCGAAGCAAAUGAUCGAAUGUCCGGACUGUGGCAAGUUUCUGUCGGCGGGAAGUUUGUAUUCGCACCGGAAGAUUCACUCGGAUGGGCCGAAGUUUACGUGCGAGGAUUGUGAUAAGUCGUUUGUGCAGAAGAUCAAUUUUAUUCACCAUCGCAAGAAGCACCUGCCGAACGACGAGCGUCCGUUUCCCUGCGGGGAGUGUGGAAAGGCAUUCUUCGAAAAGUCCCAUCUGCAUAGGCAUCAGUUUUUCCAUUCGGAAGAGCGUCCGUUCAAGUGCGAGCUGUGCGGAAAAUGCUACAAGACGGAGCGUUGUUUGAAGGUCCAUUCGGCAGUUCACAACGCAGAUCGUCCCUUCGUAUGUUCCGAGUGCAACAAAGGCUUCCUGAGCAGUUCGAAGCUUCGUCAGCACAGCAACAUCCACUCGGGACUGCGGCCGUUCAAAUGCAAAUACUGCUCACGGGACUUUACCAACUUCCCCAACUGGUUGAAACAUAUUCGUCGCCGUCACAAGGUUGAUCAUCGUACCGGAGAAAAACUGGACAGCGUUCCGAAGUUUAUGACCAAGAAGAAGGAUAAACCAGUCGAUAGCAAGGACGGUGUCGUCGUCGUUGAAAAGCAAGUGAAGAAGAAACCUCCGAAGGAAACCCUUCAACUGUCCAUCAAGGAAGAAAGCCUUCCGUUUGUUGGUGAAAAUUCCAACAUUGAUCUCAAUCUGGUCUCCAAGGAUGACCUGCUGCAGCCGCUCAAGAUGGAAGAGAUGGAGGACAUCUUUCUGGAACUUCCCGGGGCGGGGAUUUCCGACGAAGACGCCCGGCAUGCAGUUUCUUCGCAGAUUCAGCAUAACAUCGCAACCUCGGCCAGUGAACCUCCAACCGAGGACGAAUCGGAACCACUGGGACCGGCGGAUUCCGAUCUCGUCGAUCCUCCACCGCUCGGGCUCUCCGAGGACGAUAACGAGCUGUUCCAGUUUAGUUACGUACAACCUGAAUUCGAUUGUGAUUUUAGCAUUAAGAACGAGUUUUCUCUAAGGACAGAGGCUGUUAAUGUGAUUAGGGAGAUUGAGACGACCAGUGGUGGUUUCAGCAGUGCACCUUCGGUGGCAUCGUCGGCGGUUCUGCCGACUGCUACCGGUGCCCUGGUGUACGACAUCAACGGCGAGCUGCCAAUCUUCCCGACUUUGAUCUCAAUCAGUGGCGACGAGCAGCAGUUUCGGCUGAUCAACCCGAACUUUAUCCAUCUGCCACAGUUCAGGAGGAACGGCUCCUCCGGCAGCAGCAACGGAGGCUCCAGUGGAACCGGAUUGAAGGUGGAGACACCGUAAGUAAAACGAUCUUCAUAUAUUUUAAAUUCUAUACGCGAAAACUUUUUAAGUUUCAAUAGCCAGUAAGCACGAAAACAGUACAGUAACGCAACAACAUACAGAAACUCCUACCGUUAGUGGUAAUAAGCUGGCGAGAGUUGCAAAAGGAUCUCGCGGAACAGUUGGGCUAGUGACUAAACAGGACGAAAUUUUGUGGUGAUUUAUUCUAGUGUAGUAAGGUAAAAUUAAACAAAAAAUAAGCUAACCGAACGGAACAGGAAACGAUGAUCAGGAUUUUUAGCAUGAGGUGGCGAGAGCAUGAGAGAGUGGACGGUGAAUAUUUUGCUUUCUUUUUUUUUAUUUUGCUAUUAAACUAUAUUCUAGCAGACGUUUAAGGGAAUACCUAUGAUAGGUUGUAAGAUUCGAUACAUUUAUCGAAUGGUUAAGAAAAAAAAAAGUAUUGAUACCGUAAUGAUUCAACAAUAAGAGGAAUACAAAAUGAGAGGCAACAGGUAAACUAUGAUACAAAGCGUAACUCAGAGCCUACAAAAGACUGUUUUUGUAAUAAACACAAGAAAGCUGAAAGCUGGAA